CGAUGACUUCACUUUAUAAAUAGUAUUCGCAAAUCGCAGUUGUUUACAAGAUUAGGUACGAGUCGGUUCACAACUAAAGAUAAUUUUCUGUUAUAAUUUCUACCGAAUUGUUUUAGUUUUUACUCUUAAGUGGCCGUACAAGUACAUUUUAAGGUUCUUCAAUCCAAUUAAAAUACAGUUAUCAUGAAUUCAGAGCCAGCUAAAUAAUCAGACAAUGAGCCUUCUGAACUCACUACUUCAGAAAUGAAUGCAACUCAGAAAAUAUGGAAUCAACUGAAUCUGUCAAAUCCUCUCUAUCAAGAAGAGAUUUCAACAUACACCAUACCAAUAUCGCUUUGUGCCCUUCCAAUGUAUAUCGAUGAAAUAUGGUUGUCAAUGAAAAAAGACUUGAAGGAAUAUUCAGAUUAUAAAUAUAAAAUGACCUUGAAAAAGGUUUUGUUAAUAUUAGCAGAGGCAAAAGUAUGUUGUGCUCAAAAAACCAUUCAGUUGAAAAGAAAUUUAAAUAAGCUUCCACAAAGAGAUCUAUAUUUUCACGAAGAAUUGCUCGAAUUGACUUCUCUAGUUGAAGACUUACCUUACCCUCUUGCCGCUUAUCUAGAGUGCAUUGGCGUUGUAGAAGAAGAAUAUAGAACCUUAAUCCCAGUGUUAGCUGAGUCUCAAGAUAUAAAACAAUCGAGAUUAAUUUCUUACGGUCCACGUUAUAUGUUUUCUUCGUGUCGAGAUAUCGCUAAAGAAUCCACAGAUAUUCUCAAAGGUUUUCCAAACAUUAAUUUCGAUCUUAACAAAAAACUGUCCAAUUCCUUCUAUUCGUUUUGGUUUGUUGAUGAUGUAAUUUUUCUAUCUUCUAGCGAUAAAGACAUAUUUCGAGAAAUUGUAUCGAAUUUUUCUGGUUUGAAAGUUCGAAUAGAUCUUUUUAAUGGACGUGGCAACCUUGCUCAGAUCAUACAAACACCGAAAUGGACCAUCAACAACCCAAUUGCAUUUUAUUCAAUGGUUAAAUGUCCUGACUUGUACUUGAAUUUAGGAGCAGCCUUUGGUUUCACCUUUACCCAAAGUCACAAAGUUCAACAUUCAAGAUAUCAGUGUGAUGAUAAAACUGCUCAAAAGAUUGCUGAAGUCACACCUUCAAAAGUUAUAAGAUGUAUUUUGAAUCAUCCGAAUAAAAAUGAUGAAUAAUUAACAUCUGUACGUCGAAUUUUUAUUGUAAUUCGUUUUAAUUUUAAUUUUAUGCCUGUAUGUCGAACUUUAAUUGUUAUUUUAUGUGAAUCAUUAGGCGUUUGUCCAAACUGUUUUGUUAUUUCGAAAAUAAAGUAAUUCAAGCAUU